UUCAAUUAUAGAGAAAGACAGAGGAAAGUUCAAACCCAGAGCAUUCCAAAGUCCAAAGAAUCCACAACAUUAGUUACAACCAUUUUCACAUCUGGGUGGUGGGAUUUGAGUGUCAAAUGUCAACUACAUACAUUGGUUGAUUCUCGUAAGUACAGCUUUUGCAAAACCAAGAUAGUUUGAGCCAACUUUGUAGUAGUUUUGUCAAAUUCUUGACCAUGCUGGCAAAGAAUCGCUUCGUGUUCAUGGUUUUUGCAUUGAGUUACUUCAGGUUGCUGAGAUUCGCAAAGGCAGUGGUACCCCAAGAAGAAGUUGAUGUACUCCAACAAAUAGCUAGUACCAUGGGCUCAACAUAUUGGAAGUUUGAUGGUAAUUCUUGCCAACUUGAAAUGGUUGGGAUGACACCAGAGCCACCAAGAAAUUCUGAGAGCAGCAUUGGUUGUGAUUGCAACAACACCGUCUGUCAUGUCGUAAAGAUAGAGAUCAAGUUCUAUAGUCUUCCUGGCAUGCUUCCGCCUCAACUGGUGAAGCUUCCUCACCUUCGAGAAAUUGAUUUUGCUUACAACUAUCUCAAUGGGACAAUACCACUGGAAUGGGCUUCAAUGCGAUUAACUUUUAUCUCUGUUCUUGGGAAUCGCUUAUCAGGGGAGAUUCCAAAGGAAUUGGGAAAUAUUACCAGUCUCACAUACCUAAGCCUUGAAGCAAACCAAUUCUUUGGCAUUGUUCCUCCUGAGCUUGGCAAUUUGACCAAUUUACAGACUUUGAUGCUAUCCUCCAAUAAUUUGACAGGAAACUUGCCGAUGACUUUUGCCAUGCUGGGAAGUCUAACAGAUUUUAGGAUAAAUGAUAACAACUUCAUAGGAACAAUACCUGAUUUCAUACAGAAUUGGAAGCAACUGACAAGAUUAGAAAUGCAUGCAAGUGGACUGGAAGGACCCAUCCCACCAAAUAUAUCUCUUCUGAGUAAUUUAAAAGAGUUGAGGAUUAGUGAUAUAGAUGGGCCAAAUCAGGAUUUUCCUACGUUGAUAAACAUGUCUGGCCUAGUAAGAUUGGUUUUGAGAAAUUGUAAGAUUUUUGGGGAGAUCCCUCCAUACAUCUGGACAAUGAAGAAUCUGGAAAUGUUGGAUGUCAGUUUCAACAAUUUGGUUGGGGGGAUUCCCACCAAUGCCAACUUAGAGCGCCUGAAGUUCCUCUUUUUAACUCGCAACUUGCUAAGUGGAAAUGUACCGGAUUCAAUCUUGACAGAAGGAAGUAAUAUUGAUCUUUCAUACAAUAACUUUACAUGGCAAGGUCCUGAGCAACCGGCUUGUCGAGAAAACCUGAAUUUAAACCUCAACUUGUUUCGAAGCUCCUUAAACAAGGAUAACUUAAGGCAACAUCCUCGUUGCUUGAAGAAUUUCAAUUGUCCACAAUAUUCAAAUUGUUGGCAUGUUAAUUCUGGUGGAAAUGAUGUAGCCUUCAAGGAAGAUAAAGCAACUGUUAUGUAUGAAGGAGAUGCAGAUGCUGAAGGUGGCACUGCAAAAUUCUUUAUCCGUGACAAUAGUUACUGGGGAUUUAGCAGCACUGGAGACUUUAUGGAUGAUAACGAUUUCCAGAAUACACGUUAUACUGUAUCUCUCUCAUCAUCAAAUGUCACUGAAUUGUAUGGGACAGCACGUGUAUCUCCUAUAUCGCUUACUUAUUUCCAUUAUUGCUUGGAGAAUGGAAACUACACUGUAAAUCUCCACUUUGCAGAGAUACAGUUAACAAAUGACGAAACAUAUAGCAGUCUUGGGAAGCGUGUAUUUGAUAUCUAUGUUCAGGAAAGACUAGUGUGGAAAGAUUUCAAUAUUGAAGAUUACACUGGUGUUGCUCAAAAGCCACUAGUCAAGCCUGUGUCCAAUGUCAGUGUGUCAAAAAAUGUCUUAGAGAUCCGAUUCUAUUGGGCUGGUAAAGGGACAACGAGAAUCCCUGAUAGAGGAGUUUAUGGUCCCAUUAUAUCAGCUGUUUCUGUGGUUUCUGAUUUUAAGCUUUGUCCAAAUGGUGGAACCAAGCAAACCGUUCAUAUCAUUGUUGGAGUUGCAAUUGGAGCAGUAUGCUUACUACUCUUUUUAGUGGGAAUCCUUUGGUGGAAAGGCUGUUUGUGGAGGAAAAGAGGGAGAAAAACAGAUGUUCAAGGGCCAGAGUUGCAGACAGGUAGUUUUACCUUAAAACAAAUAAAAGCUGCUACUAGUGACUUUGAUUCUGCCAACAAGGUUGGAGAAGGUGGGUUUGGUCCGGUGUUCAAGGGUCAAUUACCUGAUGGUACUGUCAUAGCAGUUAAGCAGCUCUCAUCUAAAUCGAAGCAAGGAAAUCGUGAAUUUUUAAAUGAGAUGGGCAUUAUUUCUUGUUUGCAACACCCAAAUCUUGUGAAGCUUCAUGGAUGUUGUAUUGAAGGGGAUCAAUUAUUAUUGGUGUAUGAGUAUAUGGAAAAUAAUAGCCUUGCUCGUGCUCUAUUUGGUCCAGAAAACAGCCAGCUUAAAUUGGAUUGGCCUACGAGGCUUAAGAUCUGUAUUGGGAUAGCAAGAGGUCUAGCUUUUCUCCAUGAAGAAUCAGUACUCAAGAUUGUUCACAGAGACAUUAAAGCAACUAAUGUGUUGUUGGAUGGAGACAUGAACCCUAAAAUAUCUGACUUUGGAUUGGCUAAGCUUGAUGAAGAGGAGAAAACUCACAUUAGUACCCGAGUCGCUGGAACAAUAGGAUAUAUGGCACCGGAAUAUGCAUUAUGGGGUUAUCUGACCUACAAAGCAGAUGUUUACAGUUUUGGAGUUGUGGCCUUAGAAAUUCUGAGUGGAAAGAACAAUAGUAACUAUGUGCCGAGUGACAAUUGUGUUUGUCUUUUGGAUCGGGCUUGUCAAUUGCAACAAACUGGAAACUUUAUGAAGCUGAUUGAUGAGAGGUUGGGGUCUGAGGUCAACCAAAAGGAAGCAGAAAUUAUGGUUAAAGUAGCUCUGUUGUGCACAAAUGCUUCCUCAUCACUUAGGCCUACGAUGUCCGAGGUUGUAGGCAUGCUCGAAGGGCGAAUCACCGUUCCAGAAGUGAUCCCAGAACCAAGCACCUACAGUGAAGAUUUGAGGUUUAAGGCCAUGAGAGACCUCCAUCAACAAAGGCAAGAGCACAGUUCGAGUGGAAGUCAGAUCCAAAACUCAACUACAGUCCAUUCAUUUUACUCUUCCUCUACAUCUGGACACGACUUUGGUGAAAUCAAACCAGAAUCAAGAUCUUGUUGAGUGGGGGUGAGCAUUCCUCUCGGUAGGUAUUCUUUUAAGUGAUAGAUUCUUAUCUCCAUCAAGGAGACGAAACUGAAGUUUCAAUUGUUUAUGUGAAUAUUAUUAGCUUGGGUGUCCACAAGCAAGUAGAGAUUUUACCAGGGAUGCCUUGAUAUAAUGUCAAUAUUUUUGUAAAAAACAUUUCUAUAGUUAGAGCAGGAAUAUAUGGAGUACAGAAAGGUGAGAAUAUGAUUGAAUUGGAUUGCCUGAAUUUUCAUUCA